AUGCGGGUGCUACUGGAGAGCAGCUGGAUGAGGUUUGGACCAGCAGGCAGGGGGUCGUACGACUGGGUGACGGGAUCACCUUCAACUCAAGAGAAGCAGGGCCACGACUGGAAUGAUUUGGGCGUGGGAGAGAGCAGAAAGCCAGAGCUGGUGGUUUACGUUGUCCUCCCCGUCGUCUCCGUCCUCCUGCUGGCUCUCCUGGUCGGUCUGGUCUACCGCCGGUGUUCCCGCAGUAAGCUGAGCCUGGCCAACAUCAUCGCUUUAGACCUCCAGGACACAGAGAGCAGCGCCGAGUUCCUCUCCUCCCUGACCAGGAACGCAGAGCGCCACACCAGCACCAGCUCCGAUGGAUCAGAUGGAGUCUUUGUCAUGGUCUACCUGCCUCCGCCCUACGAAGAAACCCUUACCAAGAUCACCAGGGCCGCCAGCCUCUCCAGCUCCAAGGAUGUGGAGUCAAUAAAGAUAGAAGAUCUGGAGGCCAAGCUGUGUCCAGAGCUCAAGUCCAGUGGCCGAUAUGUGUGACAUGGGCUUAAUGCUGCAGUGUAGAAAGACAUUAUAACUCCAAUAUCUGGUGUUUUUAGAUCAUUUUGUUGUCUGUAAAUUAUAAUUAUUUAAUUAUCACUCAGCACUACAGCUCCAUGGAGGCUUUGAGCCUCUGUUAGCAGAUAGCUUUGGUUUUAAAGUAGCAGCUGAUUCCCUCUGUGCACCACCUGCCCAGCAGCCAACAGCAGACAGACACAAUCGGAGAGAUUAGCUGGUGAACACAGUGAAGCAUUCAGCAGCUGAAGAGCCAAACCACAGCUAAAGCAGAGCGAAUGUUGGACACAAACUGAUCAGUGUGUAAACAGGCUUUUGUCUGUGUGCUGUCAGCUUCU